UCCUCCUGAAGUGGCUACACAUCUUGUGCUGCCUGUCAUCUUGCUCCAGAGCAUUCCAGCAGAGAUGUCCUGCCAGCAGAACCAGCAGCAGUGCCAGCCUCCUCCCAAGUGUCCUCCCAAGUGUCAGACACCAAAGUGCCCUCCAAAAUGCCCACCCAAAUGUCCUCCCAAGUGCCCCCCUGUGUCUUCCUGCUGUAGCCUGGGUUCUGGGGGCUGCUGUGGCUCCAGCUCUGGGGGCUGCUGCAGCUCUGGUGGCUGCUGUAGUUCUGGUGGUGGAGGCUGCUGCCUGAGCCACCACAGACCCCNCAGAUCUCUUCGUCGCCAUCGCCACAGCUCUGGAUGCUGUAGCAGUGGUGGCAGCAGUGGCUGCUGUGGCAGUAGUGGCUGCUGUGGCAGCAGUGGCAGCAGUGGGUGCUGCGGCAGUAGUGGUGGCAGCAGUGGUGGCAGCAGUGGCUGCUGUGGCAGUAGCCAGCAGUCUGGGGACUGCUGCUGAACAGGGCCCUUGCACUUCAGACAAGCUGUGGAGAAGUUUUCCUGCCUGCCACUCCUUUCUGUUGUGCUCUGUAUUCUGGACUCUUGGUCAUCCUCUACAAAGUUGUGACUUUCUCCUAAAAUGACCAAAUUGCAAUAAUAAAGACUCCCCUU